ACUUUACUCUUGAAGUGUCUCUGCUACUAAAGGAAGACUAUGCAGACACUGUUUUGAAAUGACAAAAUAAAUUUGUCUGUGCUACCUUGAGCCUGCUCAGUGGAAUUUAGGAUGGGCACGUUGGGAAUUUUUAUGAUUUCGCUUUUACUGGGACAAGUGGCAAUUAAUGGAGGGAGCAAAAAGGAAGACCAGAAAGAAGACAUUUUUAAAGAGCUGGUUGAUAUAUGGAGAAAGGGUAAAGGCUGGAGCCCCCACAAGAUACAGCCACCUGCCGAAAGAAGACAAAUUCAAGAGGAUCAACAAAUUCAAUCUAUAGUGAAGAGCAUUAUGGGAGGUCUUAAGUCUUUGGGUUCCUUGACAAGAAGUAGCCUAGGUAUACCAUCUCUAAAUAAAGCAUUUGAUCGAAACAGGCUCUCAGGAUUCCUUCAUAACAUCUCAAUGUACCUACAAGAUAUGAGCACAGAGUUAGAUGAUCAACAGAAACCCUUCAAUGAUGACCAGUUUUGGGAGAACCUACUCUAUGCUUUGCUUCAGACAGGACGGGAAACUUCAUUUGGACUUUGGGAUGGUAAAAUUCCUCCACGACCCAGUUUCAGGCUUCAAGAUCUGUUUAUGUCCUUCAGAGGCAGCCCCCAUUGGAAUGGACUUCUUGGGUUUAUACAAAGUAUUUUGACACUUGCUGAGCGCCAGCCUCAAAAACCCAUCUUGACUUUUGUUUCCCAGAACUGGAAGACCAUCAGUGCUUUGCUCGAAACUGUUCUUCAAGCUCUGGUUAGUGGGACUUACAGCCAAGCUGUCGCAGGUCUACAGGGUUUCAUCUGUGUCCUGAAAGGAAGAAAUGACUGUGCCAUCAACCUUAGCUGGCUGCAGCAGAUCCUCAGCUAUAUGGAAACCAGGAACUGGAAACCUGUGGUCAGUCUUCACCCUGUAAGUGUGGGAAAAAAUCCUAAAGAUGCUGCUCUCUCUACAGGACGCUUUCAGCCAUUCAUUGUGCCGCCUGAGGUGCUACAUCAAGAGCAACUCUUAUUAAACCAAACAAAUUCAGAGAGCAUUGCUUCUAUGCAGGCACUGCUUCUGCAGGCUUUGUCAAGGUCAAAUGCAGGAGAAAGGGCAGCACAGUUUGCAGAACAUAAUCCUGCCCUACUGCAGGGUUUAGAUAACCUCAGACGUGGACUUCUGCGCAAUGUUGGCCGCAGCGUGUAUGGUAAUUUGAGACGAAAAGUGUUGCAUAUGACCAAAGCACUGCUGGAUGAUGUAAGCACCAUGGUGGGAGAACCACAUUACAGUCACCAUGGAAGAUGUUCAGUAGGUGACCUCAGACAACUGAUUUUAUGGGGAAUUAGACACAACUUGACAUGGAAUGCUCGAGCAAUGGGUUUCCGCUCAGAGGGUUUACCCAGCAGGCCAUCUUUCAUGUCAUGCUCUUCUUCAGAUGAAAGUAAAAGGACUGUGAAACAACAGCAAUCAUCUAGAAGGUCUAGACUUCACCAGCACCAGACAUAUGUCCAUGAGCAGGGCGAUUUGUCACCAUCAGCUGAAAUUCUGGAAGCUGCUUGUAAUGCCUCUAUACCAGGUCUAACAGGGGUUUCAAAUUUUACAGUCUUUCUCUACUGUAAUCUUUUUGAGGAGAAUGAUGACUCACGGGACCCUGAAGUCAGCCAUUUUGGGAUAGACCUCCGUGAAACUUGCUCUGAUGCAGCUUGGUACCUUUCUGCUGCAGAACAAGAUUUUCUAUGGGUUCAUGUUUGCAGUGAAUUUUUUACUCAUGAAUUCAACAAGACAGUUUGUGCCAACUCUUCAUUCUGGCUGCAACAUUCCUAUCAGGUAGAAGCUACUAGGGAUUACCAGUACCUCAAUCAGACAAGCAUUGAUGAACUCUGUCUUCAGCUCUCCACAGAUGCUUCUGGGGGAAGCUCUUAUCAAGAUGCCACUGAGAACUGCUUAGCACUGCUGAGGAGCAAGAUUAUAACUGCUCAAGAUUUCAGAAGAUGUUUCCUGCCCAAUAACACAGCUCUUAUUACCUCUUUGUGCGGUAAUGAGUCUUCGCACAUACUCCAAGAUGGGAGUUGGGCAGCGGAGUACUGCUCUAAAGUCAACCCUAUUCACUCCUACACUGAGUCCAAAGAUAGGCUCUGUGACUACCCAAACUGGAAGAUAGAACAAUUUAACUUCACCACCCUUGAGUUUUGCAAAAAUACUGCAGGUCUGAAGGAUUACAUUUGCAAAAAUAUCACGCUCUACCUUAUCCUGGUUCAAAAGCAGCCUUUAUUAUUAGACUACUGCUUGAACUCUGUAGAAAAGCAGGGCCGCAAGUGUGUCCUCCAGCAACUCUUUGAAAUGCUGCCAGCCCCAUUUGAUUUUGACAGUUCUCAACUUUGUGUGAACCCCUUGCCGAUUCUACAGGAAGCAAUUACUAACCUCACCCAAUGUGAAGGAGUAGUGGACGAACGCACAGGGUGGUUAGCUACAGUUAGCUAUGUGCUUCGAGUGUUAGACUACGUGGUGGGACUCUCAGCAGGUUUGGAGGAGGGAGAAAGGGAGGUGCGACAAGGCCUGGGCCAGGCCAUUCUUCUGUCUAGCCUCCAGGAUAAUGCUUCUUUCUGGGCAACUCUACGGCCAGAUGCAUCCAUAAGUGUACUCCACUCUGUCAACAUCUUCCUUAAGAAAGAGCAAAACUCUUCCCUUAAAGAAGAUCUAUUAAGGUGUUUUAGUCCUGUCCUGUGGAACCUGAUUCCGAGGGAGGGCAAUUCUUCUGCUUUAAGAUAUUUAAUGCAGGAAUAUCUACAGAUGCCCAGGGAGAGUAUUCGCAGUGUCAUGCAGUCAGCAGAAAAAGACGCUGUAAAAAGGUUCCUUUCCCAAGUUCACCAGAGUUGGGAACAGCUUCAAGUGGAAACCGUACAGGUUUCUCCCAAGGAACAAGAGGCCAUGGAGACGAUGACAGCUGCUUUUAUCCAAAAGUUUCCAUAUGUUACACCAGAACUUUUCAUUGAUCUCUCCCAGUUCAUACCAUACAUGUCUGUCUCUGAUAUUAGGACCUUUCCUGCCUCUCUUAUGGUCAAUGAAAGCGUACUGAUGGCCAUUAGUGAUCACAGCUCUGAGAUUAAGUCCCCACAGAAACAAGCCUUUGUUAAACGGCUAUUGCAGUCUAAUGUAGCUGGAGAUGUUCCUUCAUGGCCUCCAUACCUCCUCAGCUCUAUUCUGCCCCUACUUCCACAUCUCCCAGUCAGUUACUUUCAGCAACUCACAUCUGAGCAACUUACCCCCUUGAUGGAGAUGUUGGGAAACAGCAGUCUAGAUGCCGCAAGGGGGCGGCAUGUACUUCGUACUGUUUUCAACAGGGACAACAUUACAAGUGACAGUAUAAUGAGACUAGGAGGUCUCAUAUGUUACCUAAACUCAGAGGACUUACAGCAGUUACUGUCUUCGGCAACUCUCUCAUCCACUCUAUGGCAGCAGCUGGCAAGAUGUGUAUCAGAGGGGCACAUUAGUGGAAGUGGCAGAAUAUCACACUUGCUUGGAACGGCUCUGAAAUCUUUAAAUGCCAGUGUCUUAUCUGCUUCGGCAAUGGCCUCAUUACAUGGUAUUUUGCCACAAAUGGGGGUUUCAUUUUUGGAGACACUGACCUCAGUCGAGUUACUGGAUCUUGUAAGUCUGCCGGGUAUGCCAACUUUCCCACCUGCACAGGCAUUCCGGAUACUAAACAAAAUAGUGGAGGACACAAAUUUCAGUGCCAACACGCUCUGCAUGUUGAAGCCAUUGUUUCCAGGUCUGGGGCCUUCUGUACUAAAAAAGGUGGUUGUACCGGAGUCUACUGGAACAGUGGAUUGUGAGUGCUGGUCUCCACUACUGUCUGAUUUGCAGCCCGCUCAACAAUCAAUGGUCCUUUUAGCACUCGAACAGGCUUUCGAGCGCGUAUCGGCAAAUACGACACAGCAACUCCAUUGUCUUCUACCCUUCAUUUCCUUGAAGAAAUUAAUGUUGGAUCUAGAUGGAGAGACGGUUCUUCGUCACAUAUCUCUGUAUAAGCACAUGCCCUGGUCUCAUCAACAGGCACAAAUGCUGUUCAAAACGAUUCAUCGGACCGUGAACAUCACAAGAGAAUCAAUACUAGAUUUAGGUCGUAUUGCAGGUGGAAUGACCUGUGAAUGGCUGAGGCAUUGGGUGAAUGACUCGGGCUUCACUGAAUUGUUGCAGUUUAUCACUAAAUUGCCAGGAGGACUUAGACCUGCUUUGAGGACAUGCAUCGUGGCGGAGCUAAGACAACGGCCAUACAUAGACAUAAAUAACUUGGAACCUUCGUUUGCUGCAAAUUUACCGCUGACCGUGAUGGAGCACCUGUCUAACUCCUCACUCAUAAGUGUAUUGGACCACAUUCAACAUAAUUUUAUUGAUUUUUUGCAGCUACCGCGACACAAGCAGACAGCCUUGGCUGAGAAAGCUAUGGAUGCACUUGGCAUCUCUGAAGAAGGCCUCAAUGGGGCCUCCAUGGACAUGCUUGGUCCUCUUCUGCCCUUUCUGGACAGUGAUUUGUUAGCUGAAAUUGAUAGAGACGCUUUGAAAUUGCACCUGGAGGAACUGAAACACUAUUGCCUGCCCUCUGACUCCUUCAGACAAAUAUCAGCUUUGCUAACAGAGAGGAGCAUGUUGGGGGAACCGAAAACAUGGACGGUUGGGGAUGUUGAACAUUUGGGUAGACUUGUGUUCACCCUUUCACCUCAGCAGAUAAGAUCACUACCACUGCAUGAUUUAGGUAAAGACACAAUUGAGCAGGUCCUGAUGAGCCAGUGGCUUUGGAAAGAAAGCAAAGUUGGUAAAGCAUGUUUGGACCUCAAAGAACUACGAGAAAAGAUCAACAACCUCAUUCGCAAGAUCGUUAAAGGUCGAUGGUGGACAAGAAGAGGGCCCAUCCCAAGCUGCGCAGAUAUUAAAGGAACAUUCCCGUCGGCUUGGAGGUCCUAUCAGCUGAGUAGAAUGAAGAGGAGAGAGCUGAAGGAUUGUGUUGAAUUCAUGGGUCAGGAUGGAACCCUUGAUGCUGAGCAGCGUGAAGCACUUUGGAUGGAGCUUAGACCAGUUUAUAAGCCAGUGAAGCUGCUUAAACCAGAACAAGUGCUGGAACUGGGCUGUAUAGUGACCGAGAUGGGUGAAAAAGAACUACAAGCUGUUGACUUGUCCAAUCUGGCUGUGAUAGCUCAAGUCGGCAGUCUCAAUGGAUGGAACACUAAGAAGAUGAGAGCAGCUGUUCUUGGCAUCAUGAGGCGACUUAAACGGAAACCCGAAGAACUUAGUGUGGUGGAACUUGCUUCCUUCGGACAUCUGCUCUGUGGCUUGAGUUCUUCAGAAAUUUCCCGUCUAGACCCGUUCAACCUGAGUCUGGCAACUUUGUUUCUGAGAGAGAUGGCACUGCCGUGUUCUGAGCAGCAGACCGAAGCGCUGACAUCACGUCUGUCCAAUCCUCUGGGCUUCGGUCCAGUCAGCAGCUGGGGCUCUGAGGUCUUCACUGAGAUUGGGACUUUGGCAGCUGGGCUAGAAGAUAUGCUACUGUCUGCGCUUGUAAAAGAGCAAAUAGAAGGAUUGACACCAGCCGCAAUAGCUCUGAUACCUCCAAAAAAGCUGGCUGUGGUAUUCAAUGCCCAGCAACUGUCAUGGUUGAGCUCUGAACAAGCGUGUGCCGUGACAGAGGAACAGUGGGAAGAACUUGACAGUGAGCAAAGACAAGCACUUGGCAUGGCACAGUAUGAAGGGGAACUCAUGCUUGGGCACAGAGGAAGGAAUCAGGCUCCAUCGGUGUGGUCUCCUGACAGCUUCACAAAGUGUUUUUUACUUUUCAUCUGUACAUUGUGGAAUUUGCUAUACAGAUUAUAA